CUUCAUAGUGCUUAAUAGUUCCCAUUAUUUUUAAUAUUUUUUUAAUUAAUGUUUUGUGAUAUAGUUAAAAACUUUCGUUAAAAAAAAUGGUUCACGUAUUGCCAAGAAGAAAACAGAAAAAAUGUAUUUGCGAUACAGAAGGAUUGCUAAAGAAAAUAAUAGGAUCACCAACGAGUUUACCAUGUACAGAAUUAAACUUAAUUCGAUUAAAUUUAUUCACAGAAAGAAAUUCAGAUGGAACUGGCUUUUUAAUAUUGAAAGGAAAUGAUUUGUAUGAUAGAUACAAUGCAAGAAUUAACGAUAGAGACAUUAGAGCUAUUUGUCUAUUCAUAAAACAGUCUUCAAGAAGAAUUACCAAGUUAGAUUUAUGUUACAAUGAAAUUACUGACAAAGGAUUUUUUAAAUUGCUCAGAAAUUUACUAAUCAAAGGACGUUCUAGUAUAAUAAAUUUGAACAUUAUGCAUAAUCGCAUUACCGAGGAAUCUUUGUUGAGUCUCGCUAACACAGCCUCUUUGAUGAAAUUAAAAUAUUUAAGACUUAAUGGCAAUGACUUUGGAGUGAAUGGCGCCGAAUAUUUCGCCAGGUUUCUGAGAGAUAACAAAAGCCUGGAAUAUUGUGAUUUAGCUGAAACCAACAUAACUUUGACUGGCCUCGCUCAUGUUAUUACAGCUCUCAGAAUUGAUCAUGGAGCGAAUACAACACUAAAAGUGUUGGAUUUAAGUAGAGUCGUUCCUUUAUACGAUCGCUACGCUUAUGAAACGAAGUGGCUUGCAUAUCACAUAGAAUAUCUCUUGGAAAGGAACGAUUCCAUAAUAGAACUGCAUUUACAGAAGAACCAAUUGAUUUCACACGACGUAGAGUAUUUUACGAGAGGAUUGCGAAAUAAUAAGACAUUAUUAUAUCUAGAUUUGGGGUAUAAUAAAAUAGGCGAUCAUGGCAUCGAAUUACUAGCUAAAUAUUUGGCAGAAUCACCGCAAUUAUUGUUGUUAAAUGUAGCCGGUAACUCGAUAAAAGACAUAGGAGCCAGAGCAUUGAGUUUGGGAAUGCCAUACUCGAAGAUACGUGCUUUGGAUAUUUCACAAAACAACAUAACCGAUCGUGGUGUUCUUGAUUUAUUGAACACAUUGAAGAAGCCUUAUUACUUGAGGUUUCUAAAUAUUUGGGGGAAUAAAUUUGGCCAUGUGGCGUGUGGGGUGAUCCAAAGAAUGCUUCUAAGUGGAGCGUUAUUUCAGCACACGAUUGACGUGCAAAUUUACGAAGUCGAUGAUGUAUUGUACGCGGCGUAUUAUCCAAAUCCAGCGGACAGGAGUAAACAUUUGUAUUACAGCGAGUUGGAUUACGGGUAUGCGCUCCCAAUUGAACAUGUAAAAAGGAAUGUCGUUGUUGAAAAAAGGAAAGUCAAAGUCGAUUGCAAACACCGGCGUAAAUUGGACAAGAUGAACAGGGACAGAUUUUGAAGUCUUUAAGAUUUUGUUUACAGUUUGUUUUUUUUUUUUAAUAAAUGCUUAAUAUUUGAAUAUUUAUUUAUAACUGUUAGUGAAAAUAAAUUUUAUAAGACUGAUUUUCAAUUUCCGUUACCUAAUAAAUAGAAAGAAACAAUGCGAAUAUGAUAUGUACUGUAUUUUUUUAAUAAAAUGAUUAAUUUAGAAAUAGAUGAAA